UAUAUUUAUAUGCGUUAUCUGUAAAUGAGGAGAGAACUCUCUACUGGGACUUUCGGAGUAGGUUAAGAUUAUAUCCGCUCUGCUGCGAGUCAGCUGUCGAAAAGGGUUCCAAUUUUUUUUGUUGAAACAACCAAAUUAGAAAUAGGAACUUUUGGCAUCGACCCUUGAAAAACGCGCCGAAGCAAGAUGAGGAGGUUAAUAAUGAGCCUAUUCGAACGCCCUUUGGCACAGCUGGGCAGAAGGAAUCUACAAACUCUGCCCGUGGCGGCGGCGGCUAGACAGUUGCAUGGCCCCAGUGUGGACAGCAUCGAGCCACGCCCACUUUGUAUGGAGAGCACAGGCGCCGAGAAGCAGCCGCCACAGACCUUACGCUGGGGCAUUGCGCCCGUUAAUCUCAUGACCGAAGACUUUGCAACAGCCCUAAGCGUCCUGCCCGCCCAACGGCACAGCAUCACCUCCUGCAUGGACGCGUAUCGAUCGCAGGCGACCUCAUUCGCCAACAAGCACCGUGUGCCCAAGAUUUACACCAGCUUCGAGGAUCUGGCACGUUGCCCAGAUGUGGACGCCGUUUACAUAUCACCGCUGAACGCAAUGCAUUGUGAACUGUGUCACCUGAUGCUCAACCAUGACAAGCACGUGCUGUGCGAGCAGCCGCUGGGCAUGACUGAGCAGCAGGUGGUGGAGCUGGUUGGCAAGGCUAGGGCCCGCGGCUUGUUUCUAAUGGAGGGUAUUUGGCCGCGCUGCAUACCCGCCUACCAUAUUCUGCGGCAUGAGAUCAUGCGCUGUAAGCUGGGCAGGAUCUUCGCAGUGGACUGCACAUUGGGUUGGCAGCUGCCCGUCGCUUCGCCCAAGGCGGCGGAAUACGCAGGCGUGGCCAAGGAUUUGGCACCUUACGGCAUUCAACUGGCGCUCUGGAUCUAUCGAGAGGUGCCGCAGCAGCUGAGGGUACUGGGAAAGCUCAAUCGCGAUGGCAUUGAUGUAGCAGCCGACAUAGAUCUGAUCUUUAAGGGCAAUCGGAGAGCUCGAUUGGUGCUCAGCGCCGAGCAGAAUCUCCAGAACACGGCCACCAUACGUGGCACCAAGGGCAGCGCGAUCAUGAACAGUCUGUGGUGUCCCACGGAAUUGAGAUUCGAGAAUAGGGACUUCCAGUUCGAAUUGCCCGUUGCGGAACGGUCUACGCACUUCAACAAUCGCAUCGCCUUGUGCUACGAGGCAGAGGAAAUGCGCAGCUGCAUACUGGCCGGUCUUACGGAGAGUAGCCUCUUUAAUCACGACGAGAGUCGCCUUAUGGUCCACUUGACCAGCCAAAUAAAGGAGAUGCUUGAGGAAGAUGACCAGCACGCAGCGUUCCAGCAAAAGCAGGCAGUUGGCUAAUUUUCGCAAACUUAUUCCCAUUUU